AAACACUCAUAAAUGUUUGACUGACUGUCAUCAACACCUCCCACCACCAAAAAGAAAUCCAGGCCAGAAAGCUCAAAGCUACACCGCCUCUUGAAUACGACACUCUUCUCCGCCACUUCACCGUGAAAGAUCCGAUUUCCAUGCCCACAUUUUUCCUCUCAUGAUUCCAUCUCACCCACCUUUUUUCCGGAUUUCUUGAUACGAUCGGUGAUUUAUUGAGUUGUUCUGCUGGGUUAAAGAAAGAAUUUUCGACAGAGGAUCUGUGAGAUUCUCGUUUUUGCUUUUAGUUUAGUCCAAUGGCUUCAGUAAGUAUGGCGCCUGCUUCUGGAUUGAGAGAACAUAGUGGAAAUACAGUCGGUGUUGAUAGAUUGCCUGCUGAAUUGAAUGAUAUGAAAAUUGGGGGUGACAACGAAGUGGAAGCAACUAUAGUUGAUGGAAAUGGAACGGAGACAGGGCAUAUAAUUGUUACCACUGUUGGUGGUAAAAAUGGCCAGCCUAAGCAGACCAUAAGCUAUAUGGCUGAGCGCAUUGUUGGGAAUGGAUCAUUUGGGGUUGUCUUCCAGGCUAAAUGUUUAGAGACGGGCGAAACUGUUGCUAUUAAGAAGGUUCUUCAAGACAAGAGAUACAAGAACCGUGAAUUGCAAACCAUGCGUCUUCUAGACCACCCUAAUGUUGUCUCUCUGAAGCAUUGUUUUGUUUCCACAACUGUAAAAGAUGAACUCUAUCUUAACCUUGUGCUUGAGUAUGUUCCGGAGACUGUCCACCGCGUUAUCAAACAUUAUAAUAAGAUAAAUCAAAGGAUGCCACUGAUAUAUGUUAAACUUUAUUUUUACCAGAUUUGCAGAGCGCUCGCUUACAUUCAUAACAGUAUUGGCGUGUGCCAUAGGGACAUAAAGCCUCAAAAUUUAUUGGUCAACCCACACACCCACCAGCUAAAACUGUGUGACUUUGGAAGUGCAAAAGUUUUGGUAAAAGGGGAACCAAACAUAUCUUACAUUUGUUCUCGGUACUACCGAGCACCUGAAUUAAUAUUUGGUGCAACUGAAUACACCACAGCCAUUGACAUCUGGUCUGCUGGCUGUGUUUUGGCUGAGCUAUUGCUUGGACAGCCUCUGUUUCCCGGUGAGAGUGGAGUAGACCAGCUUGUUGAAAUUAUUAAGGUUCUUGGUACCCCGACAAGAGAAGAAAUAAAAUGCAUGAAUCCUAACUACACAGAGUUCAAAUUUCCCCAAAUUAAAGCUCAUCCAUGGCACAAGAUAUUUCAUAAGCGUAUGCCUCCAGAAGCUGUGGAUCUUGUUUCACGGCUAUUGCAGUACUCUCCAAACCUUCGUAGCUCAGCUGUAAGUAUCAAACUGAUCGAGGCUUUGAUCCAUCCAUUCUUUGAUGAGCUACGUGAUCCUAACACCCGCCUACCUAAUGGACGUUUUCUUCCCCCACUAUUCAACUUUAAGCCCCAUGAACUGAAGGGAGUGCCUGCUGAUGUGCUAGUGAAGCUGAUCCCCGAGCAUGCAAGAAAGCAAUGUGCCUUCCUUGGAUUGUGAUGCGGCCUGGAAAAUGUGUUUUGGCUCCAAGUUUUGGUCUUCUUAGCUAGCCCUGUAACUAAGCUAACUCCAGAGACCAAGAUAGGGUAGAAAAGCUAGCAAGGUUUAUGAAUUAGUCUCCAAGUCGAGCAAUAUAUGCGACAUGUUUUGACUCGGCCUAAAAAAAUCUCACUUGUGUUUUCUUCUUAAACGUACACUGAAUUUUUGUCUGGUUUUUUUUUCUUCUGUGAAUCUUUUCGUCCAAUACUAGAGUAAUAUUUAGUGUUCACAUAGUAUAUGACAAGCUGUUGGGUUCGCGUGGUCUGCUUCAUGCUUGAUGGUAUGCAAUUUUUUUUUUUUCUUGUUGGUUACCACUGACGUUUAAAUUCAAAACCUUUUAAUCCUGGAAUUAAUUCCAAUACCCCUUAACUAACACUCAUCGGUGCUAUUUUGUUUUUUCAACGAGGGAAUUCCUGUGACAUCUGCUGAAGUUUUUGCAUUUGUUUUUCGGGGAUCAAUGUUAAAGGUUACCUGUAGGGAGUGUUUGGAUGGAGCAUUUAAAGAAAGGAUUUUAUUUCAAUCAAGUUUUUCA